GACAGCAAACCUGGACUGGUGGAUGCGUUUACAAAUAAACCGGAUUCAAAGGAAGAGGUCUCCCUGGCCAAGUUCAUCAAAGUCUUCCCCAAAGUUUUGCUCAGGACGUUGAAGAACCCGGUUUACUUUUUGGUGGUCAUGGCUCAAGCGAACCUUUCUGUCAUGGUUUGCGGACUGGCAACCUUCAUGGCCAAGUUCCUGGAGAGGCAGUUCACCAUCACGGCAUCCAUAGCCAACCUGAUGAUUGGUUCCGUGAACAUCCCCGGAGCGAUGAUCGGUAUAGUCCUGGGUGGAGUGAUCAUGAAGAGGUUCCAGUUAUCACCUAAGCAG